UCAUAGUUUGGGAAUAGUAAUAGUCAGGUAUUAGAUAGCUGAAUACGCAUAGUACAGCGCAGUUACAGCUGAAGCCUCUACCUGAGAGAGAGAGAGAGAGAGAGAGAGAGAGAGAGAGAGAGAGAGAGAGAGAGAGAGAGAGAGAGAGAGCGCGUUUCGGGGUUGGGCAGCAGAGUGCGCACAGAGCGUGUCACGCGGAAUAUUGGCCGAAAUUACCAACGAACUCAAAUAUCAAGAGACCUCUCGAGACCCUCAAAAGAGGCUUCAACGGUCGAGAACACCGCAGUUGUAACAUCAGUUUCCCUGAAGCGCUCAAAUUAUCUGGGCAGGAGCAGCCAUGCCGUUUGGCUGUUUGACUCUGGGAGCGAAGAAGGAUUACAACAGUCCUUCUGAGGUCACUGAUAAAUAUGACCUGGGACAGGUAGUGAAAUCGGAGGAGUUUUGUGAAAUAUUCAGGGCAAAAGACAAGAACACAUUGAAAAUGUACACCUGCAAAAAGUUCCUGAAGAAAGACGGGAGGAAAGUACGGAAAGCAGCCAAAAACGAGAUCCUCAUUUUGAAAAUGGUGAAGCAUCAUAACAUCCUCCAGCUGGUCGAUGUCUUUGAGACGAGAAAGGAGUACUUCCUGUUUCUGGAACUGGCCACGGGCAGAGAAGUGUUUGACUGGAUCUUAGACCAGGGCUACUACUCAGAACGUGACACCAGCAAUGUGAUCCGGCAGGUGCUGGAGGCUGUGGCUUACCUCCACUCUCUCCACAUCGUUCACAGAAACUUAAAGCUGGAAAAUCUUGUGUACUACAACCGCCUGAAGAACUCCAAAAUUGUAAUCAGUGACUUUCACCUGGCCAAACUGGAAAAUGGUCUCAUCAAAGAGCCAUGUGGCACACCAGAAUACCUUGCUCCCGAGGUGGUUGGCAGACAGAGAUAUGGCAGACCAGUAGACUGCUGGGCCAUCGGUGUGGUCAUGUACAUCCUACUUUCAGGAAACCCGCCUUUUUAUGAUGAGGCAGAUGAUGAUGAUUAUGACAAUCAUGAUAAGAAUCUUUUCCGGAAAAUUCUAUCUGGAGACUAUGAGUUUGACUCGCCAUAUUGGGACGACAUCUCCGAUUCAGCAAAAAGCCUUGUUGCAUGUUUAAUGGAGGUGGACACAGACCAAAGACUGACUGCACAGGAAGCCAUUAACCAUGAGUGGAUAUCUGGUAAUGCCGCCUCAGACAAGAAUAUCAAAGAUGGCGUUUGUGCUCAGAUCGAGAAAAACUUUGCUAAAGCCAAAUGGAAGAAAGCUGUGCGUGUGACCACCUUGAUGAAAAGGCUCAGGGCCCCAGAUCAGAGUGACUCUGGGGCUUCUAGUCCUGCACUAGGAGCCUCAGGAGGCACCACCCCUGUUCCCCUGGCUGCCACACCAGUGCCUCCCCGAAGCACCCUGGUCAUCCAGGAUAAUCCAGAGGGACAGGAGGCCUCAGCUCCAAUACGGUGUAAUGGAGAGAUGUUAACGUCCCAGCAGUUUUGUGGGGAGACUAGGGAGGAAUAGAAUAGACAGAGAUCACAGAAAUAUAGAGACAAAUUGAACAGCACCUACGCAGUACAUAUAAAUUCAGAUUGAAAUCUAAUGGUGAAGCAAAGUUCAACUGUGCUUUUAGAAGCUUGAUUACCAUUUUCAUUAGUGUGAAAAUGCUGUAAUCUAGAAAAACUUAAAAUAAAACCCAGUCCCAUUUUAGGUUAUUAGUAUUUUCUUCAGAAUAUUUAUUUUCAGAAAUAUCUGGAACCAAAAUUUGUUAUUGUUAAAAAAUAAUUCAUAUACUGUAGUGCAUUCUUCAAAGUUCUGUUGUCAUCUAUUAAAAGGUAUUAUGCAUAAUUUCACCCUCUAUAGAUUCUUUAUCAUUUACUCUUGUAUUUAGAAUAUUUUUAAAUUUGUUUCUGAUGUUGUUUAAUUAUUUCCAACCUUAUUUGUUACAGACCUGAAAUUUGUCUGUUAAAAAAAAACAACAGGUAUUUUCUAGACUUUUGAACCUAGUUUUCACAAACCUGGAUUUUUUUUUUUUUAACAGCUGAAUGAGUGAAUGUUUGGAAUACGAUAUUUUGGGUCAAAUUGUAAACCCAAUAAAGAUAACACUUUUAAUGAUUCAUUUAAACAUAAGAAACAAGCAAACCAGAAAAAACAACAACAAUAAAGCAGCUGAAUAGUAUGCUAUUAAAUCUGGAUAAUGUGGAUAAAGAACAUCCUUGGAUUUUAUGAAAAUGUUCUUCCCCUUUUCAUCAGUUGCUUCUCUGAUGAACUAACAUGUAAAAACAGAACAAAAUAUAAUGUAAAAUACUGUAUAUGAUAGGUUUGAUUUUGUUUUAAGUGUGGUAUAUUGUAGAGAACAUAUGGAACAGAAGCUGUGUUUAAACAUAUUCGUAUAUAGCUGGUUUAAGGUUGAAUACAGCAAAGCUUAUGACCACUAAAUGAAAUAAACUAACAAUAAUGCUAAAGAGAACAUCUGCUAAAUUCUAAUUCAUAUCAAUAUUUUUCGUGUCUUACUAUCGGCUAAUCAGUAACUAAAACUGCUGUUUUAUAUAAUUAAUACUGUACAUUUCAUUACCUUAUUAUCAGAAUCUUUAUCUUAUGGUGUUUUUCGCAAAGCUGAGGAUUUAUGCUGUGCGGUUAUCUUACAAGAAUCAUGUAGCUGUUUUUUAUUUAGUUUACCAUCAUAUCUAUAUUGUGAAGAACACUGCAUUUUACAGUAUAUAGAAAAUGACUGGUUUAAUUUAGUCUGAUGCAUUGAGGCCUAAGGGUUUCCAGGAUGUUCUCUUAAUCUGCAGUAAAGAAUGAAGCAAUAUGAAUAUUGCUGUAAUACUGUGAAACUGCCAUCCAGGUGAAAUGAAAUUCUCGCCAUAUUUCAUUGUAGCCAAGCAAUUUGCUCUUGAUGGUUGUUUGUGUACUUAACAUGAUCUUACAGCUGUAUAUUAUGUUAAAAUGAUGUAUAGUUAAAGUCAGAAGUUUACAUACACUUAGGUUGAAGUCAUUAAAACUCUUUUUUUUUUUUUUUUAACAAUUCCACAGGCUUCAUAUUAGCAAACUAUAGUUCUGGCAAGUCGUUUAGGACAUCUACUUUGUGCAUGACACAGUUAAUUUUUCCAACAAUUGUUUACAGACAGAUUUUUUCACUUUUAAUUGACUAUAUCACAAUUCCAGUGGGUCAGAAGUUUACAUACAGUAAGUUAACUGUGUCUUUAAGCAGCUUGGAAAAUUCCAGAAAUUGAUGUCACACCUUUAGGCAAUUAGCCAAUUAGCUUCUGAUAGGCUAAUUGGAGUCAAUUGGAGGUGUGCCUGUGGAUGUAUUUAAAGGCCUACCUUCAAACUCAGUGCCUCUUUGCUUGACAUCAUGGGAAAAUCAAUAGAAAUCAGCCAAGACCUCAGAAAAAAAAUUGUGGACCUCCACAAGUCUGGUUCAUCCUUGGGAGCAAUUUCCAAACAGCUGAAGGUACCACGUUCAUCUGUACAAGCAAUAGUAUGCAAGUAUAAACACCAUGGGACCACGCAGCUAUCAUACCGCUCAGGAUGGAGACGCAUUCUGUCUCCUAGAGAUGAACGUAGUUUGGUGCGAAAAGUGCAAAUCAAUCACAGAACAACAGCAAAGGAUCUUGUGAAGAUGCUGGAGGAAACAGGUAGACAAGUAUCUAUAUCCACAGUAAAACGAGUCCUAUAUCGACAUAACCUGAAAGAAUACUCAGCAAGGAAGAGGCCACUGCUCCAAAACUGCCAUAAAAAAGCCAGACUACAGUUUGCAAGUGCACAUGGGGACAAAGAUCUUACUUUUUGGUCUGAUGAAACAAAAAUGUAACUCUUUGGCCAUAAUGACCUUCGUUAUGUUUUGAGGAAAAAGGGUGAGGCUUGCCAACCUAAGAACACAUCCCAACCAUGAAGCAUGGGGUGGCAGCAUCAUGUUGUGUGGGUGCUUUGCUGCAGGAGUGACUGGUGCACUUCACAAAAUAGAUAGCAUCAUGAGGAUAUAUUGAAGCAACAUCUCAAGAUAUCAGCCAGGAAGUUAAAUCUCAGUUACAAAUGGGUUUUCCAAAUGGACAAUGGCCCCAAGCAUACCUCCAAAGUUGUAGCAAAAUGGCUUAGUCAAGGUAUUGGAGUGACCAUCACAAAGCCUUGACCUCAAUCUGAUAGAAAAUUUGUGGGCAGAACAGGAAAAGCAUGUGCAAGCAAGGAGGCUUACAAACCUGACUUGGUUACACCAUUUCUGUCUGGAGGAAUGAGCCAAAAUUCCAGCAACUUUUGAGAAGCUUGUGGAAGGCUCCCCAAAACGUCUGACCCAAAUUAAACAAUUUAAAGGCAAUGCUACCAAAUACUAACAAAGUGUAUGUAAACUUCUGACCCGCUGGGAAUGUGAUGAAAGAAAUAAAAGCUGAAAUAAAUCAUUCUCUCUACUAUUAUUCUGAUAUUUCACAUUCUUAAAAUAAAGUAAUGAUCCUAACUGACCUAAGACAGGGAAGGUUUUCUAUGAUUAAAUGUCAGGAAUUGUGAAAAACUGAGUUUAAAUGUAUUUGGCUAAGGUGUAUGUAAACUUCUGACUUCAACUGUAUUCUGCCAAAACCGUGACUUUAUUUUUACUGUCCAUAUGGUGAGGUGUAUUUAAACUGCAUCUCCCACUGUAGCUGUAAGACAAAUGUUCAUUAUGGCCUGUUUAUUUUUAGGUCGUUGUUUGUUUUAAGUGAUUGUCUUUGUGAUCACACUGAGUAGAUGGCUCACAGGUCAUGCCAAUCAGGAGGUUACUAUUUAUGCGUUUGCUAUGUAUACUCCUCAUUGUAAAUAGCUGCACUGCGUUUUAAUAUGUCACACUAUGUAUAACUUCAGUCAUGUAAAAAGACACAUAGUAUAGGCUUAUUUUUAUUCGACCUUUUAUGUUCAUUCAACAUUAUAAUCAAGCCUUCAACCAGUAAGCAGUUUUACAAUCUCCUCAAUUAAAAAUAAAGUCAUUAUUUUGUUCUGUUUCUUUAUAUAUUUUCUGGUUUCAUAACAGAAGACAAAACACAAGCGAGCAUUUUGCCUGUAAAACAUAAGUUAUCGUGCAAACUCAAAUAAAUAUUUGUUGAGUGAUUCAUCAUUUUCAUGGAGUAGUUCAGCCUAAUGUGUUUGUCACUCUUUGUUUGUGGCUUCUGUAUUUUGUUAUUUAAUAUGCAAAAUAAAUGUUUUUGGACA